GGUGUGAAGGAACAUGAAGGAGUAGAGCCAAAUAGGAUUGAGUUCUACAAAAGCACCCAUUACUCGAGUGAAAAAGGAUGGUCAUCUCCGGAGGCUGAGACUAACUACAACAAAAUGAGAGAUUUGAGAGCUUGGUCUAUUUCUGAAGAGAAUCCAAUGACUAUUGAUGAAAUUGUUGAUAAUGUACUUGGUACAAGGUCGGGAUAUAUUAAAGGCCUUGGCUAUGGUCCAAAGCCUAGUACAACUACAGCAACAAAAAGAAGGACAGCAGAAUUAGAGGAUGCUCUUAGAAGGGCAAAAGAGGAUGCUGCUACUGCCCAACAUGGUUUACAAGAACGUUUGAAUUUAGCUGAAACUGAGGUAACAAAUCAGCGAAUACAGAUCAAACAUUAACUUCUGAGUUGGGUACUUUAAGGGCAUGCCAAGAGGAAAUAUUAAACCAAAUGAAGUGUCAUUUUAUUGGCUCAUCACCAUCAAGCGAAGAUUGAGCCCCACCAGACUAUCACCUUUGGGUAUAUGAAGUUAACUAUUGGAUCAAGACUAAUUGCAAGUGAAGUGUCACUGCAUUCCUCCACUUCUUAGUCCUAGUUUAGGAGUAAUAUUUCUUAGUUAGGCUUUUAUGUUGGACAUAUUUACUUUAACUAUGUUUAUUUUAAUUUAAGGAGCUUUUAUUUCAAUAUAGUUUUAAUAUUAGUUUUAUGAUCAA